CAUAUUGCACACCGUAUGGUCAUAUAUGUUUCGAAUCAAAGCUCCCUCAUGCACUGCUCACUCCUUUCAUUUUCCCGGCGAUUCUUCUAGUUUUCCGGCCCAAACACCGCAGAACAAAGGUACUUAUUCUGGCUCUCCACCCACUCCAAGCAUCAGUUUAUCACUCCGUUUCCUUCAAUUUGAAGCCAUUAUUACAGAAUUCUGGCCGUUCCCAGUGGUUUUGCGGUAAUCUUAGCAGAAUUCCGGCGACCACAAUUAGUCUUUCCUUCUUUGCCCUGACUAUUUGGCAUCUUCCCUGCAACUCCAUGCUGGCUUCUGAACGAAACUCCAGCUGUCUCCACCAUUUAUCUGGGGAAAAUUUAGGAACUACGGCCACCACCAUAACUUUUCCAGACACUAUUUCAGAAUUCCGACCACCCCAGCAAGUUUUCUGGCUAUUCAAAAGAAAAUCCGCAACUUGUGCAGCUUUUUACGGUGAUUGAGCAGUUGAGCUACAUUUCCAUCACCCCACCACAAAAGUUUCACCAUUUUUCAGAUUUGGGUGACUUUUGCAGAUUGUUCGGCAAGGCAGCAACCCACCUGGAAAUUCUAGCGAUUCUCUCAAUAUUCCAGUAACUUUUGCACUUUUCCGGUGAGUUUGGCUACUUUCCGAGAGACCCACCUUAAAGUCACAGUCAUUAUUUAAAAAUUCCUGUAACUAAAUCAGAAUUCCAGCCAUUAGAUCAGUUUUUUCAAGCGAAUUAUAAGAAACACAGACUCAAAGCCCAUUAACAUACAACAAAGGAGAAGAGAUUCAAACCGGAGAAAAGCACCAAUUUUUGUUUUUUUUUAAAUCUCACGCAUAGAUGGAGAGAGAAUGGCCUGAGAGUUUGAGGCCGAAGCUUUCGAGGCGAAACUCAGAGACCAACUACUUCAGUCCCGAAGAGUUCAGCGAUGUUUUUGGCGGACCCCCCAAAAGCGUUAUUUACCGGCAACAACUUGAGGCUGGAAAAUUCGACUUCCCAUUUUCUGGCAGCCGGAAAACUCAGAAUUCCGGCACCUUUUACGACGAGAUAUUCAGGCAGGGGCAGGAAGAGCGUGCAAAAAUGGGCAGGAAUUUGCCGGUAUAUGAGAUUCCGGGAAUGGGUAUGGGAGGUAAAUAUGGUGGAAAAGGCGAGGGUAUUUUGGGGAGAGGAGGGUUCUAUGACGAUAUAUUUGGAGAAGAGGAGGGUAGUUAUGGAAAUAGGGGGUCGAGAACGAGGUCUGCCUCGUCAUGUUCAGAGGUGUUGAGUCCUCUUAGACCUUCGGUUUCAGAGGACAUGGCUUUCAACUCUUUUGCUUCCAAUCUAAGGCCCAUCAUUGUACCACCUCGCCAUAACCGAAGGUCAUUCUCUGGCUUCUUCUCAGAACAACAAACAGAGGAAGUCUCUCCAGCUCCAACAAUGUCCUCUUCUUACAGAGACGUCUCUGAUCCAUUAAAAGACUAUUUCAAGAAUUACAGUAACAACAUCAAGCUCUGCAACUUUCACAGGAGCUCAUUAAACCAUAACUCAUUCUCCGAAUCGACAAUCUUCGGGCCCAAUUCCAGCCAUAUUGUUUCCUCCAUUAGAACCCCAUCUCAAUCUCCUGAUAUCGAAAAAGAACCCAUUUCAAACUCACCAUCCUCUGCAACUUCAUCAUGCCUCCUUCAAGAGGAUGUUUUCGAAGAAAAUGAUAUCCGGAGCCAGUUAUCAGAGAGAGAUGAAGUGGGGUCUGAGUUCUUUGGUUCUUAUGUCAUAGAGAUUGUUUCUGAGAAGAGAGAGGAGCGAGAGGAAAUGGUUGGAGUGAAUGAAGCCAUUGCUUGGGCUAAAGAGAAGUUUGAAAGGAAUUUUAGCAGUGGGAGCAAUGGAGAUGUUAGCUAUAUGGAAGCCAAAAUGAAGGGGGUUCAUAGUGAGCUGAAGGCUGGGGUAGGAGAUUUACGCCCAGAAAAAGAAUCACGUGAAAAUGAAACAGAAAAUACAGAGCCGAAAUCCAGUUCAAAAUUGACAGAGAGCAGGACAGUAGCUGAGUGUAAAGACCCAUUCAAAAGAGCACACGGAAAGCAGCAGCUCUCCAAAGCCAGAUCUCUAACAGAGCUCAAGUGGAAGGAAGUUGAUAAUGAGGAGCUUAAUAGUGAUGCUGCCACAGAGUUAUUGAACGAGAAUAUCAGAAGGUGGUCCGCAGGCAAGGAAGGAAACAUUCGAUCUUUGCUUUCAACUCUCCAAUACGUUCUAUGGCCUAACAGUGGAUGGCAAGCAAUCCCUUUAACUGAAAUUAUCGAAACCACAUGUGUGAAGAAGGCUUAUCAGAGGGCACGGCUUUGCCUUCAUCCCGAUAAGCUACAACAAAAGGGUGUAACUCUUCCUCAGAAAUAUGUUGCAGACAAAGUCUUUGGUAUCCUUCAGGAUGCAUGGGCCAUAUUCAGUACUCAAGAUAUCUUCAGUUAAAAAGCUCAAGAACAGGCAUGCCCCAUUUUAGAUUUGAAGACUACACCAUGGUUUUGGAGUUUGCUGUUUCCAUAAGAAAUAGAAAUGGUUUUGGCGUCAUAAGAAUUUUAAUAUGUACUAUCUACUGGGUUCAGGAGAUCAUGAGGUUUAUAAUCUGCAAUUUCAAUUGUUAGAAAGGAAGCUUUGUAAAGAUUUGAGAACAAAAAAUGGGCUUAGAGACUUUUGUGAGCAUAAAAUUAUCAUUAUGCUGGUUGCUAAUGCAAGAUGGAAAAAAAUCAUUUUUGAAGUAA